GACUAACCAGUAAGGUUGCGAAGUUCGUAGUGCUGCUUUUUUCAAAAAUGACGCUGUUUACGUCGGUAUUAAUCACCGAAUAUUAUAUAACGCCAGCGGCCAGCCGUAGCGCCGUUUGGCACGAGUGCUACAGAUUAGUACUGUACAGUACUGAUGACCUUUCCAUUUUGAUGUCCGGAUUACGUGCUUUUUUAUCGUUUUACUGCUUUAAACCGGUUGCACAUGCGGCUGCUCCUGUAACAACAAUGAGCAAUUUAAAUUUUUAUGGUGCUGUUAUACCAGUACCAUUUAUAAUAGUCAUGGUUGUAGGCUUCAUAUUCUCCAAUUUACUGAUAACAGAACAACGAGCUUUGGAUCCAGGGGCUGUCAAAGGAAUUUGGCCACAUGAAGAGAAAAUCAGCAGGAGCCAGACACACCUAUUAAAGAAUACCAAGUUAUCGCCCAAAGCUCGCACUGGCCGUGCUGAAAUUAACUACUUUGAUGACGAUCGCGAAUCUGACGCAAAAGGGGAUGAGCCAAAUGUGGCUAGAUACAACCAUUCUUCGUCCGAAGAUGUUCAGGUGCAUUACCGCCAAAGUCUGGAAUAUUACAGAAGAGCACGGCACGGAGGCCCAAUUGUCGAAGAAUACUUGAACUGCGUUACCGAGAAUGCACUGCUGUACGAGAAAGUUGAUCGAAUAACGAGCGAAGCCAACAUGAAGCUGAUGGGUCAAGACGUUACAAUCAAAUGUGGCGAUUGUCGUUAUCCGGGCAAAGAGAACGCUAAAGGUAAACAGCGACACAUUAUUAAGUGGCGUUUCGUUCCCUACGAUGAACCACAUGACAUCGAAAUCAUGUACGACACUGAGAAAUAUCUUUUUAAUGAAGCUACAUUUGACUUGACCAUAACCGAUCUUAAUGAUCACGAUUCUGGAAGAUAUUUCUGCGUAUCCGAUCGGACAACUGUUCGGGUCUACGAUAUACAAGUCGUGGAAAACGAGCCGACUACAACGGUCUUUGAAAACAGUGCAGACGGACCACUGAACACACCCAGCGAAGAGUUAAACGUAUCGAAUAUCAGGAUAUACACCCAUUGGGACACUUGGGCUGGCUGCAAUGAAUGCGGGAAAGGUUCUACACGACGCCGGGUUGGAAUCUGCACUGUUCAGAAGCAACGUUACAAUGACCCAACACUCCCCGUUGACUAUCCCAUCUUUGGCAUGUUCGCACUGGGUGUGCCGUGCCGAUCGUUGUUGUUGCCUGCCAAUUUUACUGCUGAAUUUAGACAGCACCUACAACGCCCAAGCGAAGUGCUGAUUGGACACUGCCACGAACCGUGUCCGACGCUCCCGCCCGUGGUGUUCGUAACUGAUGAAUCUGGAAGAAUCGUGGAUCAGUAUGAACAGAGCGAAGGGAAGGUGCAGAUUCUAGAUGCUCCACCGAAACUUCCGCCUUUAGUCCAGCGGGAAACCGUCCACGAAAAGGAAGAAAGUAGAGUGCGGAUUUCUUGCCCGAGGGGCGCAAAAAAGUCGGUUCGAUGGCAGAACUGCUCCACUACGGACAAAGGACUGCGUUGCCGUCCCGUCGAUCCGUUUGGAGUGGAGAAAUCGUCGCAAGGGCGAGUGCGAAUAACCAUUUUGAACGCUCUGCUUAUCAAAAAAUUAAAAUUCUGGGAUGCCGGUAUAUUUAGUUGUUACUAUGACGGACGCCUGGUGGCCACCACAAAACUGUUUGUUCAACCUCGAGUCAGGCGACCAUGGAGAAUGAUUAUUACAGUAGCCGGGAUAAGCUUUAUUGUGAUGUUCUUUAUUAUUGGAAUUUGUUACGUAGUCAAAAACACAUGAACUGCUCAUUCAUUAUUCGGUAACUUUUGACAGUCUCUCAUUGAGCGCAGUCAAUACUGCCGAGAAUAUUGUUACGUGCACGAUUAAAACGUUGUUUUAAUGCACUCAGAAGUAAUCGAUUUAGUUUCCUUGAAAAGUAUGUCUACGUUACUAUUUCUAAGGCGAUCGCAGAAG